AUGGACAGGGUUCAGACCUCCGCAGAGCAAGUCUUGGGGUAUCCGGAUCACUUGAUGAAGACAUGCAUGGAGGACUACGAGAGACGGGCUCACCUGGAAGCCAUGCGGCUUUCUGGCUUGAAAUUCAUGAGUGUUUGCAGCGGCAUUGAUGCCGCUGGCGAGGCCUUGCGAUUGAUUCAGGCAGCGUGGAAGAAAGCAGACCCAGGAAGCCCCGAGUCCUGGGUUACCAAGACUUCCUUCUGCGAUUCGGGCAAAGAGCAACAGAACUUCCUUGUCAUGCUAGCAGAGUUGCAGGAGCUGCAAACUGGAUGCUCUCCUUGUGUGUUCACUUCGAUAGAGUCUCGCGUGCCAGGAGACUUCUGUUCUGAAAUCUUGCAAUCUCCCGUCCCAAAGUCCAAGGCCAAGGCUAGGCAGUCGGGCGGGCUGACAGCGGCAGAUUUUGAAAAGUUGGCAAAGGAACUAGAAGAGAGGCCGGCCGAGGCUUUUCCGCGUGAUGCGCGGGCUCACUGCCUCGUGCAUGAUCAGCAGUGUCUCGUUCGGCCAGUGCGGGGGGGCGGAGCGCCCUCAACUUUGGUCGAGACAGGAGCUUCCGAGGACCGCCCAGAGUCAUUUGUGAUGUCAGCAGGUGGCCUUCCAUGUGUCGCCUGGUCGAAGGUAGGCCUGCGUCAGGCAGGCGGGCAUAUUUCAGAACGAGCUUUCCAGGUGUGGCUCGCUGAACGUCGGCAGUGGGCUUUGGACGGUUGUGAGGAUAUGUUCCUCUUCGAGAAUGUCGUGGAGUUUCCAGCCCGCGAGAAGAUCCAAGAUCCACUGCUGGAGACUCACCAUGUGAUCGUUUUGCGAUUGGACCCACAGGACCGACCCAUUGCUGGCGGUGCUAGUUGCGCAGUACUGACAGCUGUAGCAAAGUCUUUCGGUAGGUUUUGCUCGCUUCAGCAGGGCAGUUCUACCAGCCUGUCUCGUGACACUCAGCUUUCCAGCCUCUCGAUGGACUCGCCUGCCAAGUCUCCAAGACCGACUGAGGAGCUUCGCGGCGGGGUCUUGAACCCCCGCACAAACGAACCUCCGAAGCCGUCGGCGAGGCUGCAAAGUCAGAGAGACAAUCAAUGCUUCGCGGUUGAUUGUGAGUUGGAGAGGCUGAGAAACCAGAAGUGGUGUGCCGGCCACAAACGUGCCUACGCAGCGCUCAUGGCACAGGCGAAGAAGGAUGGCAAGCUGGAGGUCGUGAAAGAGAUCAUGGCUGAUGACCAGCGCUGUCAGAUCUGCAUGCGAGAAUGGUGCGAAAAGAACCCGAUCAAUGAACGUUGGUCGCGGAAGCGGCUCUUCGACUGGUCUCAGUUUACUGAAAGGCAUGGCCGACGAGACUACGAUGGAGACCACGACGGAGACGUGCCUAUGACCGAAGCAGAGUUCCUCAACUGGGCUCAAACGGUCAAGCGGCUGACGGCCACAGGUGCUCGACAUUGGUGGACUGAGAUGAAGGACGGCAAUGUCAGGCGAGAUCACGGAGGUCGUGAUUCCGAGGGCAAACUGGGCGCUGAGCGCCUUUGGGUUCCUUCAGCGCAGGAAGCCCGUGAGCGGAAGAAGGGCCGCUUCGGGGAGAUUAGCGUCGCCCAGGGAAGCAAACAGAUCAAGAACCUCGACGAUGAGUCCUUCAAUCAGCUGCUGGACUACGCCGGCAGCAAGUCUUUGGAUGUCGACUUUGUGCGUGGGAGCAACAAAAGCGCAACAGACUCGGGCUCGGGUUCUGUUGGGGCUGGGCCAGCUGGGACUGGGACUUCCACGGUUCCGGCUCCGGCGGCAACAAGCGUGCCACUAUCUUCGACUGCCGCCGCCCCUGCGGCAGCUGAGGAGAAGCAAGAGUCUCCGAAGAAGCCCGUGGACCUGGCUUUGGAAAAGCCGAAGCAGGAGACCAAGCUCACGAAGGAGAUGAACAGCUCGAAAACGUCCCUCUGUGAGUGCGCGAGGACAGCCAUCGAAACGCAGGGCAAGCUUCCGGAGACGAAGGACGAAUCGCUGACGACUCUUGUGCAGCAUCUAAACCAUCGUCUCUACUGCUUCGCCGCCCUGCUCAAUUACCCGAAGGACUGCACGGACCAGGCGAUGCAGGCGAUGAUCGACGGGUUCACGGAUCAGAAGGUGAUUGCUGACCUCCUCAAAGGCCACGCAGACAAGCUUCCAGUGCCGGAGGCGAUGCAGAAAGACCUCGUCUCCUUCGAUGAGGUCAGGACGAACAUUGAGGCCCUCAAGAAUGCCUCCACGGUUCUUGAGCUCGAUGACAUCAAGGAAAUGUUUCAGCGCCAGAAAACGGCCCUGAAGACUUUCGAGAAGGGCCUUGCUCAAGUUUCGCGAGACUGCAAAUCCCAUGUGCAGCAGCUUGAGAAGGAGGAAUCUCGCAAGCAGAAGGCUGAGGAGAAGAAAAAAGGCAAGGCUGAGCUGGAUGCUUUCAGGGAGAGCAACACGCAGCGUGCGAAGGCCUUGCUGGAAAGCAAGGCGGGUGCAAACAUCAAGCCGCUGUACAAGGCCUGUCAGUUCAUGUUCAAGAAGUUCCUGGAGGACAGUGUUCCGGAGGAGUACAAGAACAAGGUCAAGCCCUUCCCGAAGUAUGCAAGUGGCAUGGACGUGAGCAAGUUGCCGUGGUUCGCCGCUGGCCAGGAGCACCAGUGCUUGGAAGCAUGGUCCGUGGAUGCAGGCAUGCAGAAGACCGUCCAGAGUUGGGCCAUCAAGUACAAGCAGCUCCAGGAUUACCAGCAGAAAAGCCGUGCCUCCGCUGCCCUCGAGCCCAAGCACGGCCAUGAGCAAUGCAACGAGUUGUGGCGGCACUUCGUGGCUGAGUCGGACAUCCUGGCUUGCGAUGAGAUGCCUUCAGCAGCGACUUUUGGCAAAACCAAUUGGAUUGCAGGCUAUGCGCCCGAUAUGAAGUUUUGUGGGCUGCAAGCGAACGGUGCUCAGACACUGAAGGCAGCCUGCUUGGGCGAUGUGUUGCACGUUUGCAUGCCCUUGUCGACGAUGCUUCCUGCUGCCCUCAAGCUAGGAUUCAUCCAGGAUGACAAGGCUUUGACUUCAACAGAGGCCUUCUGUGAGAUCAUGGAGCAGCAGAUGGAGAUGAAAAGCUUCCUCGAGUUCUUCAAUCAGGGCGUCGAGGUGUAUUUUCACUGCCAGAAGGCUGGGGAGAUGAUCAGCUUGCCCAUGGGCUGGUUCAGCGUGGAGAUAUCCACGGCCGGGACAAUCCUUGUCAGUGUGCGGAAGGGGGUGUUCCUCAAGAAGACCUCCAGCGAAGCAAUCAAGGAGUACGAGUCCUUGAUCCAGUUGCUGCAGCGUUGCUCCAGAACUGUGGAUCGAUACCAGGACUUGCUCAAGCUCAUGUGGGGGGAGCAAAUUCUCCUGGAAAUGCUCCAAGAUGUAAGUGAGAACUCUUCUUUUGCCACCUUGCCGAUGAAAUCCGAACGGAACUGCUCGUCGCAGUUGGGUGCGAUUCUCUACGACAAACCGGACCUCGGCUUCCCUUGCCACCGACCUCGUCUCUACGUGCUCGGAUUCAACAAGCUACGCAUUGCUUGGCAGCAUGCGGUGAGCGAGAGUCAGAGAUUUUUGCAGAUAUUUGGCAGUGCUUGCGGGGUGCGUGGUGAUGUUUACAUGCUAGACUCAUGGACUUCCAGGCGUGCCGAUAUGGAGGCCAAGAUGUCUAAGCGUGGAGUUCACUUGUCUUCGUCCUCGCUUGCAAGUGAGCCUGCAAGCCGAAGCGAUCGUAUGCGUGUCAUCCAGAGUUCGGUGUGCCCUUCCUCAAAGCAGCACGGGUUGUUGUACGAAGUGGAGUUCGCGAAGCAAGCCCAGCCGGCUGACCCGUCCAAGCAGGUGCCCUUUUUCAGUGAUUGGGAGCAGCACCCUGUGAAGGGAUCCUCCGUAGCAGGUCCGACUGUGCCAUGUCUUUUGACACAUGGCACUUUGGUGGAGCACAGCUCGGGCAAGCUCAUGACGUUGAACGAGAUCUUCGCUGUGCAGGGUUGGGGAACCUUGCCCACUUCAGGGUACCCUUCGGACAUCCUUGAAACGAUCAAAUCAGCAAAGUGCCAGCCUCAUCACGCAAGGACGUUCAUCGGAAACAGCAUGCACAUCCCAACUGCGAUGGCCGUGUUGCUGUAUGCCUUCAGCCACAUGCAGAGCACACGUUCGCUGAAUGAUAGAGCUUUCAAGUUGAUGCGCAGGGCCAGCAGUUGGAACUUGGAGCACGGUGCAGGCAGCAGUCCCUCCGUGUCCGUGCAGCCGAUGCUUGAGGAUGAUUGUGACGAUGGUCGUGGAAAGAAGCGCAAAGCACCUGUUUUCCGGAGGCAGACCAGCAAUUUUUGCGAUAUGGACUGA